AUGGAACAAUACGAUUGUUUAAAUAAAGCUCAAUUGAGCUUUGAAUAUUUGCAUACAAAUUCGACUACACAUACAUUCCUUUUUGGAGCAUUAGCUGAAUUAGUUGAUAAUUCACGUGAUGCUGGCGCAAGAAAUCUUGAUAUUUAUACACAGAGAGAUCCUGCUUUACGUGGAGGAUUUUAUUUGGCAUUUUUGGAUGAUGGUUGCGGUAUGCAUUAUGAUGAUGUACACAAUGUGAUUGUCUUUGGUAAAUCAGCGAAACGUCAUGCUCCCGAUUCGAAUCAAAUCGGUCAAUAUGGUAAUGGUUUAAAAUCAGGUGCAAUGCGUGUUGCUAGCGAUUUUAUAUUAUUUACAAAAAAAGAUAAUAUUGGUACAUGUUUAUUUUUAUCACGUUCAUUUCAUCAAGAGGAACAUAUUUCACAAGUUAUAUGUCCAAUGCCUUGUUUUGAUUUACGUACAAAACAACCUAUUCAAAAUACUGACUACCAACAAUUAGCUGGUACACGUUCAUAUACAUAUGAUAAGACUAAACAUGAACUUGAGAUGCGUAUAAUAACAAAAUAUUCACCAUUUAAAUCAAUUGAUGAUUUAUUUAAACAAUUUAAUUUAAUAACGACAUCAAGUGGAACAUUAAUUAUUUUAUAUAAUGUUAAAUUAACUGAUACGGGUGAGCCUGAAUUAGAUAUAAAAACAGAUACAAAUGAUAUUUUAAUUGAUUCAAAAAAUCGACGAAAUUUAUUCGAUGACGAAGAUGAUCUUACACCAUUAGAAAAUCGUUCACUUCGUGCUUAUGUUUCAAUACUUUAUUAUGAACCACGUAUGCGUAUAACAAUACAACGACGACGUGUUAUAACAAAAAAAUUACCGCAUACAUUAUAUAAACCUCGGCAAUAUCAAUUUAAAUCGACACGUUUUAAAACACGUUCUGAACAAGAAAUAAAAAAAUGUGAAAAAGAACUUGAAUCAUUAGAAGAACGUAAACGUGAAAUUGAUUCACAAGUUCAUCAUUGUCAACAAACGAUUGGUGUAACAACAUCAGUUGAAGAACGUACACGUCUACGAAAAUUACAAGUUACAGCAUCGGAAUUAAAAGAUAUGGUAUUACGUUUACGUAAUGGAUUAACAAGAAAAAAAUCAGAAAUGAAUACAACUAAAACGUUAACUUUUAUUUUUGGUUUAAAUAUUCAAAAUCGAGCAGCUGAUGGAGUUUUUGUUUAUAAUUGUGGUCGACUUAUUAAAAUGUAUGAAAAAAUCGGACAACCAAAUAAAAAAACUGUAUAUUGUCGUGGUGUCGUUGGUAUUGUUGAUGUACCAUCAAUUGUACUUGAACCAACACAUAAUAAACAAUCAUUUGCUGAUGAAAAAGAAUAUCAUUUUCUUUUGAAAAAUAUCGGUGAAUAUAUGCGACAAUAUUGGUCUGAUGCUGGAAUUGAAAAUUAUGUUAAAGAAUUUUGGGAGACUUAUGGCUAUCGUGAUGAUCAACUUGAUCGAUUACCAUCAAAUGAUACUGAAGUUGUGAAACGACGUCAAGCAGCUGUACCAAUGCUUAUUCAAUGUGAUAAAUGUUUGAAAUGGCGUCGAUUACCCUAUGCUGGUAAUGCUACGCCAUUAACACAACCUAAACUUGAAGCAUGGCGAUGUUCAGAUAAUACUGAUGUUAUGAAUAAUACUUGUUCGGCAAGUGAAAAACUUGAAACUAUACCGGAAGGUGAAUUAAAACAAAAGGCACCCCCUACAAAUGCUCAAAGUCGAACAUCAUCAAAAGCAGUUUCACCUCAACCACCAACAUCAUCAGGAUUACCAACUCGAUCAUCAGUAACAAAUAAACGAGUUUCUAAUGCAGAAAUUUCUUCGACUACGACUGCUGCUAAAUCUAAAACAACAUCAUUACGUUCAAAUGUUGUUCCGCCAUCAAUUACUCCUCAAAAGCGAUCUAUACCACCAUCUAGGUCUUUGUCAGCGAAAGCAAAAGCAAAUAAAAGACAAAAACGACCUGUAUCACAACAGUCAAAUAAAGGCAAAUCGAAAGCCAAACCACCUGAAACUGUGAGUGACAAAGAUGAUGAAGACGAAGAAGAAGAAGAUGCAGAAGAAGAAGAAGAAGAAGAAAAAGAAGAGGAAGAGGAAGAAGAAGAAGAAAAAGAAGAAGAAGAAGAAGAAGAAGAAGAGGAGGAAGAAGAAGAGGAAGAAGAAGAAAAGGUUCCAUCACCAACAAAUAAAAGAACACGUGGAAAAACUUCAACAGUACCUGCAAAAAAAACCAAAACACCACCAACACCACCACCAUCAACAUCUACUCGACUUUCACGUUCGUCAACAACAACAACAGCAGCAGCUCGAAAUGAAACGUCACGAUCAACAAAUCAACAAACGACUUCGUCAGAUUCCGUAUCAUCAACAAAUAAUAUUCAGGUAAUGGACGAUGAUAAUGAAACUCCUGAUAAAACUGAUACGAAUUCGAUUGCUCGUCGUCAACCACCAACAAUUGGUGCACGUGUAUCAGCUAUGUAUCAAGGUAGUCAUCGUCCUGGCAAAGUUUUAACUGUAAAUGAGAAACGUGGACUUUUUAAAAUGCGUUUUGAUGAAUUUCCAACAGCUGAAUUUGAUUAUUCAUUCAGUUUUAAAUCACCGGCUUGGUCUUAUAUUGAUACACCUACUGCUGUUGCUGCUGCUGCUCCACCUCCUCCUCCUCCCCCACCCCAACCGCCAUCGUUAUCAACAAUAACAACAGCAACAACAACUGAACCAACAAAUAAUGAAAAUGAACCAUUAUUUAGUAUUGCAAGAAAAUUUAAAUCAUUGAUUAAAUUUAUGCUACCACCCGAUUGGGAAUUAUCACGUGAACAAAUAUCAUCAAUGGCUUAUGAUGAACUUGGUCAAUUUGAUGUUGAAGUAUUUAUGCAAUCAUAUCGAGAAAAGAUGACAAAAAUUGUUGAACAACGUAAAGCUGAUGAAGCUCGUUGGCGUGCGUCAUGUCAACGUAUACAAGCUGAAGUAACUGAACUACUUAAUUUAACUGGAAUGCCAAUUCCAGCUGAUUGUUCGAUGGAUGAUUUCGAAAAUCAUAUUCAACAUUAUAUAGCGCAAACUCAAAAACAAUAA